AUGAGCCACCUGAGUUUCUACGUGAUGAGUGUGUUAUUCUACGAGGUGCAUUUGGAUGCUUAUGUGCCCCGGACUUGGAGCCCAGGUGAAACCACUUGGACUUUGAAGCGGGUCUUUAAGUCUCAGUUUCUUGAUGUUAAGCAUAACUAUGUUGUCUUCUCCAACGGUUUGUUUUACUGUCUCAACUUGAGAAACGAUCUUGCUGUUUUCGAUCCAUCUUUAAGGACGUGGAAUGUGCUCGAUGUGACGCCUCCUGCACGCCCUGAUCACAUCGAUGAUGAGAGUUGGUGUGAAGGAAAGUUCACAUCGAUGGUUGGUUACAAAGGAGACAUCUUUGUGGUGUGUACGUUUGGAAAUGAGAAGCCUUUGGUAUUUAAGCUGGAUCCUGCAAGAGGUGUUUGGGAGAAGAUGGAAAAUCUUGGUGGUGUGACGAUGUUUGUGAGUGUUAAUUCAUGUGAAUCAACAACUUAUGUCAACGAGGGGAUGUUGAGGAACAGUGUCUACUUCCCUAAGUUAUGUGAUGAUGAGACGCGUUGGGUGAUGUAUUCGUUUGAUGAAAGGAGAUACAGUCCGCUUGAGCACAAUGUUAACUGGGGAAAGCAGAGUUCUUACUGA